AUGGAGGAAUCCUCUUCAUCUUUGAGAAUGACUUAUAACAAACCCCCUCUUUCUGGAGCCAGCACAGAGGGCAACAAUGAAUCUGCAGCAGAACAAAGUGAGGACGACUUGGAAGAUGAACCGAAGCCCCUGGAUCACUACAUACGGGAGGGGUUGAAACAACUGCAUCAGGAGCAGCUGCUCUGCGAUACCACCAUUGUGGCCGGGGGUGAGCGGUUCCCAUGUCACAGGAUGCUCCUCGCGGCCGUCAAUCCAUACUUCCGAGCCAUGUUCUCCAGCCCCUUCCGAGAGUCACAGGAAGGCGAGGUUCUACUGAAGGAGAUGGAUCCUGCCGUUCUCCAAACGGUGGUGAACUAUUGCUACACGGAGGAGAUCGCGCUCUUGCCGGAGAUGGCUCAAGACAUCUUUGUGGCCGCCAGCAGGCUCCAGAUCCUCCCACUGCUAGAAAGCUGUUCCAGGUUUCUCUUAGAACGGAUUUCCGUGGAGAACUGCCUAUGCCUGUAUGAACUGGGCUACGCACACAACGAUCCAGCUCUCUUUCAGCAAGCCAAGAGCCUGGUGGUCAUGCAUUUCAAGCGGCUCUCCCUGGAAGACAAAAGUUUCCUCAACUUGAACCCCAGCACGGUGGUCAGCAUCAUCUCCUUGGAUAGCCUGUCGGUCGCUUCGGAGCUCGUGGUCUACAAGGCCGUGUGGCGGUGGGUGACAGCCCAAGGGACCAGCCGUCUCUCAUUCCUCGGGCAGCUGCUGAGUUGCGUCCGCCUCCCGCUGCUGACCCAAGAAGAGCUGAAGGAGGUCCAGUCGGAGUCGAUAGGCUUCCGGGACCUCCGUCUGAGGUGGAAGCGCCUCAACCGGCAAGAGAGGCUACAGGAGAGCGGCGGCUUGAGGCGAGGCAUGUACAACACCUGCAUUGUGUGCGUGGACCUCUUCAAUAUGGAGGGGCCCGAGCUGAAAACCAAGGAUUUUCAGGUGGCCUGUUUUGACCCGCAGACGGAGACGUGGGAAAAGCUGCCCCUUCUGAAAUGCUUCUACUGCGCCCGUUGCGUGGCUGUGGGGGACAAGCUGUACGUCACGGGCGGAGUCCACACAGACGACACGUACUCGAACACUUUGCACGAGUACAGCCCCUUGAGGAACCAAUGGGCCCGACUCCCGUCCAUGUCUGUGGCCCGGGCGUCCCACGGGUUCCUGGCUUGGGGUCAGAAGCUCUUUGCCGUGGGGGGCUGGUGCAGAUACGAGGAUUACCUCGACACAGCCGAGAGCUUCGACUUGACGGAGAGGUGCUGGAGGCCCAUCGCCAGGAUGCCCUUCUCCCUCAGCCACUUCGCCUCGGUGGUUUUAAACAACAGGCUGUACCUGAUUGGCGGGGUCACGGAUUCCGUGGGCUCGUGGUAUGCCUCCCGGAAGAUCCUGAUCUACGAUAUCGGCACGGAUCUGUGGAGCCAAGUGUUCCUGGAUAACGAGUGCUACUGGUCUGGUGCCGUGGCCAUGAGCAACGGGAUCUACGUGCUCGGGGGUUAUAUCCGGAGGAGACUGAGGCCGCACAAUGAGCGGUGGCCCGGCUCGGGAAACCUGCACUGCACUCGGAAGUGCUUCUACCUGCGGGAAGACGGGAAGGUGGACAAGAAUGUCCACAUUCCCCGGCUGCCGAUCGAGCUGGCGGGAGCCGCCGUGGUGCGCUGGAAGCAUCGGAUCUAUGUCCUGGGAGGAGAAAAUACGUAUUUGUACAAUGACCUCGAAGGCGAGGCUGAGGAAUAUUACAACACCGUUUACUACUGGGAGCCGGGGGACAGCAAGUGGACGCUGUGUAAAGAUCGGCUACCUUAUACCGGCUGGGGACUCAGCGGCUUUGGAUGCACGACGAUGAAGUUCCCCAAAAAGCCCAUCCUGGAGCUUUUCCGAAAGACAUCGGUGGCCUUGACAGCCAUGGAAGUCGUGAAGCCCUAG